AUGGAUUUCUUCGUCCCUAGAUUCUCAGCUAUAGCCUUGCUACCUGCCCUGGUUCUCGUCUACUGGAUCCCUCUCACGAUAUACAGGAUAUGGUUCCACCCCCUUUCACGAUUCCCCGGCCCGAAACUAGCUGCAUCCACCUCCUUGUAUUCACAUUAUUUUAAUUUCGUCCAAGGCGGCAACUUUAUAAGGCAUCUGGAAUAUCUACACGAUGAGUACGGACCGAUAGUAAGGACAGAGCCCAACGAGCUUCACAUCCGAGAUAUCAAGGCCUAUAGCACCGUCUUCAAAGUCGGAAGUCGCUUUGAAAAAGACGCCAGGUUUUACGGUUUCCCCUUUGACGGUUCCCACUUCACCAUGGCCACGUUGAAGCAGGCAAGACCUCGUCGAGACCUGCUCCAACCCCGACUAUCCAAGGGCGCCAUUGACAAUGCUCAGCACGUCAUGGAAAAGUCUGUGUGGAGGUUCAUUGACCUCCUAGACCGGCACAGAAGCCACGACGAGAUUAUCGACUUGUCUCUGGCCUAUCGCUGCGUCACGUCCGACGUGUUGCUUGGAUAUGCAUUCCACAGCCCCUUCGAGGCUCUCGACUAUCCACGUUUCAACUAUCCUCCAGCCGUGCACAUGGAUGCAGCACUGAUGACAUCGUUCUUCGCCAAAAACUUUCCUCUCCUCUUCACACUCGCAUGGAACCUCGCCUCUUGCCUGCCGCGCUCCUUGUUGAAGUAUUUAGGAAUCAGCUUUAUUUUUGAUAUUCAAGACGUGAGACAUUUUCGCUUUGCCUUUGCACUUAGGAAGCUAGACGACCAGCUGCUCUAUCCAACAAUGCUCGACAUGUUGAUGGAUCCCGACCAAGAGAAAUUCGGACCUCCCCUUCCGAUGAGCGAUCUAGUAUCGGAAGCCGCUGUGCUGUUGUCCGCCGGGAAUACAGCCCCUUCGUUGACCCUGACACUCGGAACAUUUUAUGCUUUGCAUAACCGCCACGUACUGGAGACGCUGCAAGACGAACUUUCCCAUGCUAUUCCUGACAAGCGCAAACUUCCUCCCCUGGAUACGCUGCGACGAUUGCCAUACCUUACCGGCAUCAUCAAAGAAUCCUUGCGGUUUUCUCUCGGUGCACCAGGCAAAUUGCCGCGCAUCACACCCGACGAAGGGGCGUUUCUCUGCGGACGCCAGAUCCCACCAAAGACGUCUAUAUCUCUUAGCCACUGGGUGUACCACUUUGACCCGACAAUCUUUCCGGACCCCAAAACUUUUAGACCAGAGCGCUGGGUGAAUGACCGGAAUGGAGAAUUGGACCGAUAUAUGUUGUCCUUCUCCAGAGGGUCGCGCUCUUGCAUUGGCAUCAAUCUUGCGUAUGCCGAACUUUACUUGCUGUUUGCUGCUUUUUUCACCAACUUUCGGCCCGUCCUGCGUGGAACCAGAGAGGAAGACAUGGAGGUUCGCGACUACUUUGCGCCCGUGUGCAACGGUCGUCUCAAAGUAUCGUUGGGCGUGUAG